AGUGUUGAAGAGCGACCAAUUUGAACUUUGGACCGGUAUAAUGCUUGUUGCUUCGAGCUUUUUGACAUUUCAUUAGAAACUACAAAUGUACAUACAUAUGUAUAUUGUUUUCGUGUUUACCGGCUUUGCUUAAGUUAGCUGAAAAUAUUUGGCCAAGAUGUCGAAGGCAAUUAAGUACUAUUACGAUUUCCUAUCGCAGCCAUCCCGCGCCCUUUGGAUUGCCAUGAAACUGGGCAAGACCCCUUUUGAAGACUGCCCAGUUGCCCUGCGAAAGCAGGAGCAAUUGACCGACGAGUACCGCAGCAUCAAUCGAUUCCAAAAGGUGCCGGCCAUCGUGGAUGGUAAAUUUCAGUUGGGCGAGAGUGUCUCCAUAGUGCGAUAUCUCGCGGACAAAGGAGCCUUCAGUGAACAGCUGUACCCCAAGGCCUUGGAGGAUCGGGCCCGAGUGGACGAGUUCCUCGAGUGGCAGCACUUAAAUGUCCGCCUGGUCUGCACCCUGUUUUUCCGGCAGGUGUGGUUUCUUCCGGCAAAGGGACUGGCGCCGGCUCCAAAGCCUGAGGUUGUCAAGAAGCUUAUCAAGGAUGUGGAGGGCAAUUUGGGUCUACUGGAACGCCUCUGGCUGGAAAAGGACUUUUUGGUCGGAGACAAACUAACCGUGGCAGACAUCUUCGGCGCUUCAGAAAUCAACCAGAUGAAGCUCUGCCAGUACAACGUCAAUGAGAAGCAAUUCCCCAAGGUGGCCAAGUGGAUGGAGCGCGUUCGAGACGCUACCAAUCCCUACUAUGAUGAGGCCCACAGCUUCAUCUACAAGACCUCUCAGCAGGCAGCCAAGGCCAAGAACUGAUUUUCCUACGAUUUUGGCUGCUUUCUUGUUUAUUUUAUUUGUUUGCAUUUAUUAGGAUUAUAAGACCCUUUUGUGCCUUAUACGAUGUUCAUUGUGUUCAGUUCUGCGCUGUCAAACCACUAAAUGUUAAAAUUAGACACUUUUACAUGCUA